UUUAUUUUAUUUCCAUUGGCUGUGAGUGGAAUUGCCGCGUUUUGUUAUUUUAGAGUGAGAUAUUAGCGCCAUAUGGUAAUGGAGCGUGCUGUAGCUGCCAAAGUACAAGAACCCGAGAGGGAACGAUGGAGGCAACGUCCUUCCCAAUACUCCUUUCGAAACUCAGCAGCCAAAUAAGCCACCAUAAUGGCUUCUGACUUCCCCGAAUCCGACAGGUUCCCCAACCAACCCAUGGACCCUUCUCUCUGCACUUUCGACACCUGCCCGCUCUCCAGCUCGAUCUUCAGAUAUCAGCCUAACCUCGCUAUGGCAGUCGUCCCGCUAGCCCUCUUCGGCCUCCUCACCAUCGGCCACAUAAUUGCCGGCUGGCGCUACAAAACUUGGACCUACACGGUAUCCAUCCUAAUCGGCCUCGCUCUAGAGCUCGCAGGCUAUGUGGGCCGCAUCCUCGCCCACGGAAACCCGUUCCUAGAUAACUACUAUCUCCUACAGAUUGUGGUUCUCACAUGUGCUCCUGUCUUGUUCUGCGCCGCCAUCUAUAUUUGCUUGGGCCGCAUCGUGGUUAUCUGUGGACCAGAAAUGUCCAGGCUACGACCGGCAUGGUACACACCUAUAUUCCUAACAUGCGAUGUCAUCUCUCUUGCCCUCCAAGGUGCGGGUGGAGCUCUCACGUCCACUGCAAACGAUGAUGUUGGACGGCAGCAGGGCAUUAAUAUCAUGCUCGGCGGCCUGUCAUUCCAGGUCGCGACUAUUGCUAUCUUCGGAUUUCUCUUUCUCGAGUUCCUGUGGCGCACCCACGCAUCGCACAAAGUCAGCAACGAUUUCCAAAAUGCCUCGCUGGCGCAGUCGAAGAAGUGGACAGCGUACCUGUGGUCGUUGGGCUCGGCAACAUUAUUGAUUCUUAUCCGUUCGAUUUACAGAGUCGCCGAGAUGGCCGGUGGUUACGAUGGAAAGCUUAUGAAGGACGAGAACACGUUUUUGGUGUUUGAGGGGAUACUGAUUGUGAUUGCGGUGAUGUUGUUAUUGGUAUUCCAUCCUGGAGCUGUGAUGGAUGGGUUUGGUGGUUCUGCCAAGUCGAAGGUGUCAGAUAAGACGGCAUAUGGCAGCUCGGGCGAGGAAGGGGACUCGGAGAUGAACCCUUUGCACGUCUGAAGAUCGACCAGACUAGAUAUGCUUGCAGGGUGAAAUGGGAAUUGAUGGGAAAGGGGUUAACGUGUUAUUAGCGAAUGUAAGAAUGUAAGAAUGGUG